CAACUUCAAUGCCUCGGUCGAGGCGUCAACGGAGCAGCAGGAGAGUACAAGCUAGCAUGAGAAGAGAAUAACUUCGGUCCAGGGGCCAGGAGCAUGUCUAUAGAGACGGAGGCCUUGCUGCAGGAAGCCAAGGAGAGCAUAGAGGCAGCGCAGAACUACAGGAGUGAAUUACAACAGAGAUUACAUGGACUCAGCCAGGCCCGCAAGCAGGUUCGGGGCAGCGCCAGUCAGACGCGGGAGGCCCUGCGUCGUCACUUCCAGGAGCUGCAGACGGCCGUGAAUCGCCUCCUGGCGGAUCGUCUCAGCGGCCUGCUGCAGGAGGUGGACGAGAUCGAGCAGGACAGCGUGAGCCCUCUGGACGACUGCCAGAAACUGAUCGAGCACGGAAUCAGCACGGCCGACGAGCUGCUCCGGGAAGGAGAGGCUGCCAUUCGAUGUGGGGUCAGUGAGAAAGAGGACAAGCUAGGCAGCUUCACAAAGAAAGCCCUUCAGAUCCAACUCGACAGUCUGCCUGAGGUACCUGCGUUGGUGGAUGUGCCGUGUUUGUCUGCGCAGCUGGAUGACUCUCUGCUGCAUGUGAUGCGUGAUCGUGUAGCGCGUCACGCCAGCGUGGCCUCACAUCCACCCGUGCAGAUUGAGGAGCUGACGGAGAGGCCAGGGAGUGUGCUGGUUCGCUGGUGCAAGGUGGAUGACGACUUCACUCCACAGGACUACCGGCUGCAGUACCGCCGCUGUAACUCCACCCAGUACGAGGACGUCUACAUCGGCAAGGACACCGAGUUCCUGGUGCUACACCUGGACCCCCACACUGACCACCAGUUCCGUGUGUGCGCCAGAGGGGAGGGGCGCACGGAGUGGAGCCCCUGGAGCGUCCCUCAGACGGGCUAUACCACCCUGGCCCCCCACGAGUGGACUCCUGGUGUUGAGGGCUAUAUCCUGAGCAGUAGGAGAAACAUCGCCAUGCGAAACGACGCCUCGCUGGCCCGUGCAGGAGUGCUCUACUCACACGCCCCGACAUACUUCUGUGGCCAGACCCUCACCUUCAAGAUCUCAGCCGCUGGACAGAUGGAUAAAAGUGACAGUCUAGGAGUGUGUGUUGACAACGUAAGUGGAGCAGACUCACUGCAGAGAGAUCAGGCUGUCUGCAUCUCCACCAAUGGUGCUGUGUUUGUCAACGGAAAAGAGAUGACCAACCAAUUACCGGGCAUAUCCGUGGGGUCCAGCGUGACCUUUGACAUGGAGGUGGUCAGCAUGUUUCCUAUCAACAACAAUAACCCCAGUGACGGGGGCAACUUCAAGCUUAGGGUAACGAUUGGUUCAGGGAACAGGGAAGUGGUGUUUGAUUGGUUGCUGGAUCAGGUUGUGGACUGUCUCUAUUUUGGCUGUUCCUUCAUGUACCCCGGGUGGAAGGUAUUGGUUUUCUGAUGCUGGCUUUGUUUUUUCAGUCACUCCGUAACAAAAGGGACAAUCAGGGUUAUAAAGAAUCUGCUGAACGACAGUGCCGUGUGUUUCCAUCUGUCUCGUCAACUCAGACAAGCCCACCAUACACCUCCUUUUUUUUUUUUGUCCAUGUAAAAGUUCACGUUGCCAUGUGUUUACAUUCAUUCUGUAUGUCCCCAGUGGUCUGCCAGAGAAUGGGGCUGGCUUCACUAAAGCAGCCCAGUGUAACAGAACACAUGAGGGUUUUGUUCUCGGGUCACCGGUGUGGUCAGUAGGACGAUGGACUGAGAGUUGUCUCCUUCAGUUCAAAGUCACAGUGCACAGGAUGACAGUCCUCUUUCCCAGCACGUGGAAAGGACCAAGUUCUGCCUGUUCUCUGACACAUUUAAACCCCAGGUCUGACACAUAUUCCUAUAGCACUGCAGGUGUGGGGAGCGAUGCAUGCUGGUCUGGUUUACCACACACACACACACACACACACAGACCCACUGUGAGGAACUCACAAGAAGAUCAAAGCUAGUCACAAUAAACUGUUGAUCUCUCUGUUUUGCUUUCUGCCCUGGGGUUUUGAAUGUGAUUUUAGUCUUUAUUUUUCCUUUUUGCUAAGACAAUCCUCCCAGCGUUUAAAAAAAAAAAAGAAACUUAAAAUUUUAUUGACUUAUUUAGUUGUGAGAUAAAAGUAGAAU